GCUGAGUGUGCUUCAGGCAAAUGGCCAGACGGAGAUGAAGAGGGUGGUCGGAGACAACGCCACGCUGCCGUGCCACCAUCAGCUGUGGCAAGCCGACAUCUCCCUGCUGGACAUCGAAUGGAUGCUGCAUAAAUCCAGCUCACGGCAGAAAGUGGUGAUCACAUACUUUGCCGGUCGGAUCUACAACCCCAACGAGAGCGAAGCUGGGCGGCUGUCCCUGGCGGGAGACUAUCUAAAAGGCGACGCUUCGCUCUUGAUCAGCGACCUCUCACUCACCGACUCCGGAGAAUACAUCUGCAAGGUCAAGAACGGCGGGAAGUACUACUGGAACACAGUCAAACUCAUCGUACUCCUAAAGCCGUCCAAACCACGCUGUUGGAUGGAGGGUCGUCUGCUGGAAGGAAGUGAUGUCAGACUUAGCUGCAAGUCCACAGAUGGUUCUGACCCAAUCAGCUACAAAUGGGAAAGAGUCUUAGACAAAGGAAAAUAUGCUGGCAAGCUGCCACCUCUGGCCCUCAUAGAUCUGAAGAACCCUGAGAUUGUGACAUUGAAGAAUCUGACGAGGGAAAGCGCGGGGGUUUAUAAAUGCACCGCCAGCAAUGAUGUCGGAGAAGAAAACUGCACUUUAGAGGUCAAAGUUCACUAUGUCCGGGGGAUGGGUGUGGUGGCUGGCGCUGUGGUGGGCGUGUCCUUCGGCGUUCUCCUCAUCAUCCUUAUCGUCUGGCUUGUUUUCCGCAAGAAAGAGAAGAAGAAAUAUGAGGAGGAGGAAGCACCCAAUGAAAUAAGGGAAGAUGCAGAGGCUCCCAAAGCGAAACUGGUGAAGCCGAACUCUCUCUCCUCCUCCCGAUCUGGUAGUUCUCGCUCCGGGGCCUCCUCCACUCAGUCUAUGGUGCACAACAGCGCCCCCCGUGGGCCCAGGCCUCGACUGCCUAUCGUGGCUGCCCUUAAAGAAAGCGGGCAGCCCGAAAACUUCCCUCCGGUCCCACCGCCGUACAACCAUGUGGUCCCCAAACCUCUGGAGCCCGGCAGUAGCCCCAAAGCCAGCCCGGCAAAACUCAGCCCUGGGAACCUGGCGAGGAUGGGCGCCACACCGGUGAUGAUUCCCGCCCAAACCAAGGCAUUCCAGACUGUGUAGGAAUAACAAACGCCCUAAACAUACACACAAACAUAAAUACACACACUGCACCGAGCAUCAAAUCCCACAUCUGGUAUCAGGAACAUUCCCAAAGGAUUUCCCAUUCCCUGCAGAAAAACCCAGGUGGUCAGGCCUUUUGAUUCAACAGAACCGACUUUGUUGGAAAAUAAAUGCUUUUGUUGUUUUUAUGUGCACACUGAAGUGGAAGAAGACCCCUUGUGGAGUGUAAAGGGUAAAGGGGUUUGGUUGUGGAGGGCUGUGCCUUGCGUUAUGAUGAUGGUUUGAGCAAACAAAAGAGGCAGAUAUGAACAGAGAUACAACUCUGCCUUUACCCAGACAGACAGCCUGUC